AUGUCCUUUAAAGAGAGAUUACAGUGUAUUGUAUUAACUCCAAUAGAAAUUGAAGUGGAGAAAAUCACACGAGAUGAUAAUGCUCAAGUUAAAGAGAAACACAUAAAGAAGAUCUACGACUUUAUAGAUGGGAAGUUUGAUUGCCCAGAAAUAUUUAAAAAAGCUUUAUUGAAGCGAUUUAAUCAGAAAUUUACACGAAAGCAAUUUACUCAUUUUCUUUAUUUCAUGAUGCGGACGAUCUUUACCAAAUAUGCCGAGACAGUGUUUUCAGUAUUCACGGAUAUGUCUACACCUUUUUAUUUGAAACAAUUGAACAUCGAAGAAGACGAACAUUCUCUUCUGAAUUUGGCUGUUGCAAAGUAUCUUGACAACCACAUCUUGUUAUUAGUAAACAACAAAACGACACUCACAGCAGACACACCUCUAUGGAACAACACCUAUUGUAGUAUUAGAACUAAAAUGAAUUUUGUAUCUAUAGCAGAACGAGUUGAUGACAUGUCUGAAGACUUGUUGUCCAUUGACUUGACUGAGGACAUUUACUAUGACACUCCAACAAGUCUUGAUUUCAUCGAAAUCAUUUUGAAGAAUCUUUUCUUGUGUUCUCACACUUUAAUACGAAUACAAGAAGUCGUCUUUGAAAAUUUUGUGAGUGUUGAAGAUGAAAUCUAUGAGAAGUUUAUCAUUAUCACUGAGAAGUUUAUGUCCUUCUCAAAGAAGAUCAACGAGUCGUUCACUCUUCAAAUGAUCAAGUCGUAUUUCAGAGACUUUCCUUCAGUCGAAUGUAUCGACUUGUCUACCUUUUUCGACUUACUUAAAAAGAAAUUUGAAGUCGACAAAAAGUUGGCUCAAAAAAUCCCAGUGAAGCGAAUUGACUACGCAGUGAUAGUUAAUGUCUGUGCACCACUCAUGCAGAAGUUUGGUACUAUCACACAACAAGGCGCCGAGUUUCUGCAAACCCCAGCUACUCGACAGACAAGAGCUAAGUCGACUCCAAGAAAGAAACAGAUCAAGUCUAGAUCUCAUAAUAGUUUGUCAAGAAAUGCUUAUAGCUCAAGCAACAGCUUGUCGUCUUCACCUUCUAAUUCUGCAUUUUAUUCACCUACUAAACAACAUAAAGGUGAGAAAUCUAUGUUAAUGUGCUCUGCAGAUGUCAAUGAAGACACCUUUGUUUUUUAA